AUGGAUUGUCUCCGUCUGAUCUUGGAUGCGGAGAUUGUGCAAGAUUUGCGCAUCGACCCCACUCUUCUUGUCGGCACGUGCCCGCCUCCUUUCGGUGCCCCCACCGUCAUCAUCAAGCCCGAGCCGGCCCGCGAGGAGUUCCUGAUUCUGCCGACCACGCCAUCUACCACAUGCGGCGGUGCCACCGGUGCGCCGAUGGCCAAGGAGGAGCCAUGCCACGAGACUGAUGGUGCGGUAGAGAGCGAUAGUGCGCCCAUUGUUGCUGCCAACCCAACCAAGCGGCACAGCGGUGGCCGCCAACCCACUGGCAACCCGCGAGGGCGGCCUCCGGCCAACAAGGCCAAGCAGUACAAGGACCACGAGAUAUUCAUGUACACGAUGUUCCACGACGAUUGGGAGAAGUACGUGGUGACCACCAACGCCCUUUGGCGGGCGGUGCAGUUCAUGUUGCGGCGGCUGGUGAAGGAGGGCCGCCUGCGAGACCCCACCGUGAUAUGUUGCGCAAAGGGCAAGAACUUACGCUUCGACACUGACCGGCUCAAGGCAGAGGGCGUGAACUCGUGGGAGGCCUUUGUAUCAAAUUACCUGUGA